AUCUGCUACAGCAACACUGACGAACUAUGCUCCCUCACCGCCGUCAUCCGCCAUCGAGAGCUACAGUUAACAUGCAAUAUACAACUUAAGCAUUUCUCUACAAUCCAGACGCUCUCCUUGGCCGCCACCAUGGCGCCUAUACCAUUCUUAGGACGACUUCACCUUCACGAAGCCCUCGCCUUGGCCGCCUCGUUCGCCAUAGCCCUGCUCGAGCUCGUUGCAAGAACGAUCACCCUAUUACUUCCCACGCCCAUAAUCCGAUGGCUGUACCGUCUCAGCCGCAACGCCUUCAAUAGCCUAUCUUCUCCUUAUUCUCGACGCGCCAGGAACAAGAGAAAGAAAGUGUCCAGCCCGAUAGCGCACGCUCAUGAUUUCCUCGAGCUGUGCGAACUCUAUGGAUACCUCGCAGAAGAGCAUGUCGUCCAGACAGGCGAUGGCUAUCUACUGGGCAUACACCGCCUCGCGCAUCGCAGAGGUGAAGAGGAUCAACGUGUGAAUUCCGGACCAGGCAGUGUGGAAAAAAAGGUUGUGUACCUACACCACGGCCUUAUGAUGAACAGCGAGGUAUGGGUGUGUCUUACGGAGAAGGAACGUUGUUUGCCCUUCAUGCUCGUCGAGCAAGGCUAUGAUGUAUGGCUUGGCAACAACCGAGGCAACAAAUACAGCAAGAAAUGCCUACACUAUGGCCCCAACGACAUUCGGUUCUGGAACUUCAGCAUGGAUCAAUUCGCUUUCCACGAUAUCCCGGACAGUAUUAACUAUAUCUUGGAUACCACUUCCCAGCCAAGUCUGUCAUAUAUAGGCUUCAGUCAGGGAACUGCUCAAGCUUUUGCGACAUUAUCCAUCCAUCCGACAUUGAACAACAAAGUCGAUGUCUUCGUAGCCCUUGCCCCAGCCAUGGCGCCUCCUGGUAUUGCUUCCGGGUUAGUGAGCUCGCUGGUCAAAUCUAAUCCAGAAGUUCUGUACUUGCUCUUUGGCAGGCGAGCCAUCCUCGGCAGCACUACCAUGUGGCAGGCUUUACUAUAUCCAGCAAUUUUCUCAUGGGUCAUCGACAACUGUCUGCGCUUCCUGUUUGGCUGGAAAGCACUGAACAUCGCGCCCCAUCAAAAGCUCGCUGCUUACCCGCAUCUAUUCUCCUUCACAAGCACCAAGAGCGUUGUGCACUGGUUCCAGAUCAUUCGAAACGGCAAAUUUCAGAUGUUCGACGACGAAGUGACGAGUCCGACGAGCUUCAGCACAGGCAGCAAAUAUUACAAGGUGGCCAAAUUCCCAACCAAGAAUAUCCGGACGCCCAUCGUCUUGGUCUACGGCGGCAGUGACAGCUUAGUGGACAUCAAAGUUAUGCUCAAGGAGCUACCCAAGCAUACUGUUGCCAAAUGUGUUCCAAAGUAUGAACAUCUUGAUCUUCUAUGGGCCAACGAUGUUGAUAAAUUGGUGUUUCCCCACGUGCUCGAGGCUCUGGAAAAUUAUGCACAGCAAUCACAAACCAAGCAGCAGGCACUCGGCUGGCGCACGACAAGACCUAGCAUUUUUGAUAACUCCGCCAUCGCUCUCAAUGGCUCUGCACCUCCCGGUUACUCCGAUGACGAGCGAAGUCGCCAACAAAGUGUUAACAGCUUCAAUGCUCCUGCUUUCUCCGACGAGCGCCCGUCCACUGCUGAACCUCAGCUAGAUGAAAGUGACGAAGAUGAAAUGUACAAUGACGAGACGCCGCUGGAGUUUACUCUCUCGGCAUUCGGUCACUCUUCCAGGCCACCGUUCACGGAUACAGCAACUACGGGCUUAGGAACCAUCUCAGAAGGAACUACAGAACUCAGCGAUGCCAAAGACACCUUCAAGGCAUGAUGGGUUUGAGCAUCAAGAACGGCAGCUACGACAACAACAGCAACAACAUGCUCAGUCUUCCGGAAGUCCUGUUCAGCAUUCACGAAUACCAAGACCUACAAACACCAGCCCUAAUGCAACGAUGAGCACUGCUACUGACGAAACUGUAGUACCGCGGUCUCGUCCUGAGGGUUGGUGGAGCUCGACCAAUACCAGCAUGACUAGUUUGGUGGACGAUGACGCCCAGGAUAGGCCGCUGGAGAUGAAGAGAGCAAGAUAACGGAUGUUUUUUUUCCAACUUGGAAGCGUGUAUAUAUCCUCUGGGCCGCAAAAGCGAGGCGUUGGGUGUGAACAGUAAUCAAUAAUAGGACAAACAAUUCGAACACGGCCGUCCUCAAUAUCAGUAUGUCACUUAGUCACUAAUGCUUUACACAUUUUCUGGCGAAC